CAUCAGUACAGCUAGCGACGCUGAGGGAGUCGGUUGUACGGAGCUUCCUCUUGUUACCCACUUAUUCAGAAGGUGGAAGCAAGAGAACAUAAUGGAGAGUAUUGCUGUUGCUGCACCUGCCAUGACCCUAUCUGCAGAGGCACCACUUAUAAGUAUGCUCCCAGAAAUUGAGGACACAGCAAGUCAAAAUAUUCUCAGUAGAAAGCGUAGGACAAAUUUCGCUGACAUUUCAGAUCUUAAUUCCGAUGGAAACUUCCAGAAAGAGAUGGUUUUUGCCUUUGCUGCUGCUAUGUUAUCCACCAUCCCAAUUCUCCUCGGAAAUGAGAAUGACAUUAAUGCUGGAGUCAGGAAAAAGCGACAAAUAGGACCUUACCAGGAGCUCCAUGAUCCAGACUUCAGAUCAUACAUUUCUUACACCCAAUCUCCAGAAGAGUUCAGUACCAUGCCAUUUUUCUCAGGAUAUACCUACAAGAGGAUCAUGACCUCUUCCCCAGGCACAGACUUCUUCCACAUUCACAACAGCUCAACGACGACACCUGAUACUGACGAAGAUGCUACAGCACCCCUAAGAGAAGAGACUGGAGUGGUGAAUGAUGCUCUAGGUGAGCUCCUGAAGGAUCUUUUGAAAUGGUCCCAGGAGAAGGUGAAGAACAAGCCACUGUUACCCUUGCUGAUUGAUCUUGCACUAGACAAGUAUUCAGGAAAUCCAAACCCUGCUGAUAAACUUGUUAGAACUGCAUACAAGAAAUGGAAGAACUACUGGUACUGAUUGAAUAGUACUCUAGCAUGUGUUAGAACUUAGUGACCUUUCUCUCUCCAUAUGCAAACAAAUUAUAAUCACAUCAUAAAUUGAUAAACUGGGAAGCAAACUACAAGCAUUCAAGGGAAACCAUUUUAUCAACAAUUUUAACCUUGAUUAUGCUUAACCUGAUUUUAAAGACAGUUCUUAAAAUGUGUAACUGUUGUGCAAGCUUCCAUGACUGAAAAUCUCUACUUAAGAACCUAAGCGCCUAAUCAACAAAACUGGGAUCUAAGUGUCGAGUGCAUUCAUUUUUUUUCCAUGGAUUGAGGGGGUUAAUGUUAAUCACUGCUGUCAUUGUCUUCAUUAUAAUUCAUCUUCAUUAUUUCGUUAUGUAUUUCAUUCUCAGUAGGAACCAAAUGGGGAACACCUUCCUGAACUUCUCAGGUAAAGUUUGGGGCAUUCAAUAAAUGUAAACAUGCAUUUUUUUUAUUUACCCAAUGGGCAUUAUUUCGAUUAACAAACUAGAUUAAGUAUAUGGUGUGGCUACUCUGAAUGAAUUUUAAUGGAAAUUAAUUUUCAUGAUCACAAAAAAAAU